AUGACGUCUCUGUCUGAGAUUUAUAUGCGACACGCCAAACCAAUUCAAGAAGAAUCGACAAAACGAAAUAAGCGAAAUUCCGCAGAAACUUCUGAAGCAGCUCCACCUUCAAAUAAAAAGACUAAUUCAAAGUUGGCGAAGUCUUCAAUUGCUAAAAAGGAGCAGAAGGGCAAUGUCGUCACGAAAAAAUCUCCAACUGAGGGGAUUGCAGAGAGUCAUCAACAAACACUUGUAGAUGCCGUUUCAAACCGCAAAUACUCUCUUCGAGCAAAGAAUAAUGUGCCUCCACAUCGUCUCCUGAGAGAAAAUGAGCCAUCGAAACCGGAGCUUGUGGUUGCCGACGCGGGAGAGUACAUGGAAUCAUGUGGCGUAGGUCCUGUUGAAGUAGAAAACUCCGACAAAGGAGAAGUUGUAGCCGGAAAUAAUGUAGAAGAAGGCAUCCCGGAGCCAGAAGUUGAAGGAGAAGAUGAACAGCGCGUAGAAGAAGAAGUAGAGGAAGCAGAAGUAGAGGAAGAAGCAGCUACGGUCCGCACUGAUGAAUCUGCUGAAAUUGCUCUGCCUAGGAAGACAUAUGAACUCGUUAUUUAA